AUGGGCUUCCAAACAGUUCUAGUGGGUGUUCUAGCCUUAGGAGUCCUGCAGUCUCACGGAUUUGGCCAUGGACAUCACGGCGGAGAACUUCAACACGAACACCAUGGACACUUUGAACAUCCCAAGGUAGAAGAACACAAGCACGAGCAUGAGGAGGAUCAUCACCACGAGAUCAACACAGUGACUGUGACGAAAGAAGUUCCCGUGCCGUACACUGUGGAGGUGGAGAAGAAAGUCCCAUACAAGGUGGAGGUUCCUGUUGACAAGCCUUACCCCGUGGAAGUGCCAAAGCCCUACAACGUCUACGUCGAGAAGAAAGUUCCCUACAAGGUUCAGGAGUAUGUCCCCCAGCCGUACACAGUCUACAAGAAAGUCCCUUAUCCAGUGCACUACCACGUCGACAAACCCUACCCCGUCCACGUGCCUAAGCCUUACAACGUAGUGGUCGAGAAGAAAGUGCCCUACCACGUGGAGAAGAAAGUUCCCUACCCAGUGAAGGUGUACGUCGACAAGCCUUACCCAGUGCAUUAUCCUGUGUACAAGCACGUGCCUUACCCGGUGGAGAAGAAGGUGCCUUACCCUGUGGAAGUGUCGGUGGAAAAGCCUUACCCAGUUCCAGUGCCUAAGCCUUACAACGUUUACGUGGAGAAGAAAGUUCCUUACACUGUUGAGAAGCAUGUGCCCUACCCCGUCCAUGUACCGGUGUAUCAUCAUGAGAAACACUCCGGACAUCAUGAACAUCAAGAGCUCCAACAUGGGCACCACGAACUGCAACAUGGGCAUCACGAGUUCCAACAUGGACACCACGAGUUCCAACAUGGGCACCAUGAGCUCCAACAUGGACACCACGAGUUCCAACAUGAAACCACCCACGAGGGGAGCCACGGAAUCUUCUAGAUGGAAUUCCAAACUGUAAAUAUAUGUAUAUUGUGUUAUAAGUACAACUCAUGCUUGUCAAGUAUAUUAUUAUUUUUCUUGAGACUUAAACAAGUUCAAAAAAGUAUAUAACAUUCAAAAUAUUAGUAAGGUGUUCACAUAUAACAGAACCAACGCCCUC